CUCCCUUCUGUGCCCUGAAACAAACUUUGUGUUGGUGUCGCUGACUGUUGCCAAGGAAUAAUUGUCACGCCUGUCACGUGGUUCCCCUCUCCGCUAUUUCGGAGAAUUAUGCAUGCAUAUGACCUUCACCCCCAAUACGCCUAGUCACUUCCGGUCAUGGUGUUUGUUGUUGUUACGUCACUGACUACAAUCCCACCAUGCCUCGCGAGUCAUUGAUCAUGUGAUUGCACAGCUUCAUCAGGGGAAGUAAUUGUACAGACUACGUGUUGCCUCCCUUGCGUCCCCUCGUUAGAUUUGCGGGUGUACACUCAGAGAAAAAACAACUUUAUAAUUCCAAGGCAGAAUUUUUAAACAGUUUAAUUAGAAAAUAUAGCGUUAAAGUUUCUUUAAUUUAGCUGCGUGUGCCGUACAUGAUGUCCACGGAUAACGACAAAGCGAUCGAAGAAGGCAGCGAGGGUGAGGUAAGGUUGCAAGUCAAACGUAAUCAGAGGCGAACUCCAAACGCAUCUUGUUGUAAUGACAGAGUGAAGCUGCAUCCAAUUCACAGACACCAUCAACCAUGGAAUCAUUAAGCAGAUACCUAUUGGAUGCACUCAGCCUUGCUGAGGAUACUACUCAAAUAUUGGAGGAAGUGUCCUUUGAAGGGGUCGCUAAGUACAUUACAAGUGGCAAGUGUCAGAACAUAAUCACCAUGGUUGGUGCUGGUAUCUCAACCUCUGCAGGAAUACCAGACUUCCGCAGUCCUGGAACAGGUCUUUAUGACAAUCUACAGCAGUAUAAUCUGCCACAUCCACAGGCUAUUUUUAUGAUCGACUUCUUUAAGGAAAACCCCAAGCCAUUUUUUGUCCUGGCCAAAGAACUAUAUCCAGGCUCAUUUAAGCCUACACCAUGUCACUACUUUAUAAAGAUGCUGAAUGACAAAGGUUUACUGCUCCGUCAUUACACACAGAACAUUGACACACUUGAACGAGUGUCAGGCCUGCCAGAGGACAAGAUAGUUGAAGCGCAUGGUACAUUCCACACCUCACACUGCAUGGAGUGUGGCAAGGUGUAUUCCUUGUCCUGGAUGAAAGAAAAGAUAUUUGCUGAUGAAAUCCCCCAUUGUGAGGAAGCUGAUUGCGGUGGUGUCAUUAAGCCAGAUAUUGUGUUUUUUGGAGAAAGUCUGCCACAGCGCUUUGCAGAGUGCGCCUCUCUUGACUUUAAAAAAUGUGACCUCCUCAUUAUUCUUGGAACGUCGCUGGUUGUCCAACCAUUUGCCUCCUUAGCUCACAGAGUUUCUGCAUCCACUCCAAGACUGUACAUUAAUCUGGAGAAAUGCGAUUCGUCAGACAUGCUCAUGGCAAUGCUGUUUGGUGGAGGCUUUACUUUUGAUGCAGAAAACAACACCAGGGAUGUCUUCAAGAAAGCAAUGUGUGAUGAGGGCUGCUACGAGCUGGCACAGUUGCUUGGCUGGGGGGAUGAGCUGCAGAGCUUGGUAAAGAAAGAGCAUGAGCGCAUCGACCAAUUAAAGACAGCUAGCAUGUCAGGUGAUGGUUCACUUUCCGACUCUUCAGUAGUUGCAACAAGACAGAGAGAUGUACAGCAAGGCACAGGUGCUUCAGUCUCUACUACAGAGACACACCAAGGCACAGAAAAGUCAGUGGAUAGCAAUGCCAGCCCAAGACAAACAGAGACUGUGAUAAAAGAAUCUUAGAAUUCUUAGAAAAAAAAUGAAAGUCAGAAUUGCCAAUGUUUUGCCCCGUUUAGUUACUACUGUCAGUUUUGUAAAGUGCUUUGAGUCCACCUUGAUGGUAGAGAAAGGCACAUAAGAAGCACAUUAGUAUUAUUCAUGCAAUAUACAUUCAAAAUGAUUUUGAUGUACAUUUCCAUUUUUAAAGGGAAAGACAAAUGUUAAGCUGGGCUUUAUGAUAGAUUCUAAUGUUCUGAAUCACGUCCGAGCAAAUUUCAGGCUUCAAAGCAAUCAUUUACUUACAGUCACAUCUCAAACAAUCAUGUACUUGGUCACAUUUCAAACACAAGUGCAGACCUGUUCAUGAAGGUCGCUGUGUUUGUAGAUUCUUUUGUAAAAGAAAACUAAUCCUAUGACUCAAGUCAACCCAUUUGUCAGAAAAAAAGUGUUGAGUGAUGCUGUUAGCAGUUUUGCUAGCUGGCCAGCAUAACUUUGAUAUGUAUACAAAGAAUAUCAUCAUGUAUGUAUUAACGUAUAGCUGUAUGUUUGCUAUGUAUGAAAAGGAGGAGCUGGUGAGAAAUGUCCAUAGACUUGUCUUGUUUGCAUCCUACUGUGAAAGUGCAGGGCACAUGUGUAUGAUUGGCAUGGUUUGUGAUGACCCUUCUGCUCCCACCAACAGUCUGCUCAGUGUUUAACAAUUCAGUCGCAGUUGACAACCUGGCAGCCUAGUUAUACUGCCUCAAACUUUAUUUUAAAUGCGACUGUAAGUAAACGAUCAUUUUGCUCAGACAUGAAUUACAUCAAGUUUCUAUCAUUUACAAGAAACUUACCAUCAACUUACCUGUGAAGAUGUUUAUGUUGAGCAUGUAUGUUGGACACAUGAGGGUAAUGUAGUUUUCUGGCAGUCAAGGUGUUCAAAUAAAAAGAAAAAAACCACUUUGAGUUGUAAAUAAGGGCAAAUUAAUUUCUACAGUUGAACUGACGCUACUUAAUAAUAAAUGUGCAGUCUAUAAA